CGUCUGGAAAAAUGCCAAUGUUCUGUGUUGCUUACGGUUGCUCCAAUCGUUCUAACCGAGAAAAAGAAAAGAAGUUUUUUAGAGUGCCAAAGAUUGUCGUCCACAAAGGUGAGAGAUGUAAAAAGCUCACAAAACAACGCCGUAAAAAGUGGAUUGCAAACUUACGUCUGCUGUCGAGGGGAGCUGAGUCUGCUAAUGCCCGUGUCUGCUCCGACCACUUCGUCAGAGGCUGCCCCAGCGCUUUGGGUGAGGUUGACUCGGUAGACUGGGCUCCGACGGUCAACCUCGGUUACCAAAAAAUUAAGUCCAAAUCAGAGGCAUCCCUGAAACGAGAGCAUAGGAUGAAACUCAAGGAAGACCAACAGCGACGGUCGGAAUGUGCAGAGGCUAUGUUGGAUCUACAACAGACAGCUGACAGCCCGAGUAUGAGCCCGGACCUGAGGCAGACAGCUGCGAACUCAAAACCGAUGCAGCUAGCUGACAACUCACAAUCAGAGGACAUCAGUGGGAAUGGGACAUUAAAUAAUCUAGGCUAUGCAGAUGCCGGAUGCCAGACUGAGCUAACAAUGGAUGACAUCAAGAAGAUGGAGGAUGUUCUGGCACAAAACACAACAGAGUUGAGUGAUCUUAGGACCAAGGCACUGGACACGCAGUUCAACCAGGAGUCCUUUGAAAAAAACGAAGAGAAGACAAAAUUCUACACAGGGCUCCCCAAUUUCUUAGUUUUAAUUCAGAUAUUUGAACUGUGUAAGCCUUACAUCACCUGUGGACCCAUGUCUGUGCUGCCUAAAUUUGAGCAAUUCAUUUUAGUUUUGAUGAGGCUGAGACUAAAUCUCCCACUGAAAGAUUUAGCUUUCAGGUUCAGGAUCUCUCUGCCCACUGCUUCUAGAGUUUAG